GCACUCCACUCAAACAAACUAGAGGUUAAAGGUGGCGGCUCCCCACAUGUGGGUUUGUUGUUGCUGUUUUUGCCGCAAAUAGUCUCUUCAGGUGGUCUGGACAUCCUGGAGCAGAAUGCGUAACCUGGUGCUGGUGAGGAGCGUGCAGAGCUGUGCGCAACAGCCAGGGGCCCCGCAGUGUGUGACAGUGCGCUGUGACAGCGGCUCUCUGCUGGGGGCCUCACAGUUUUCCAUCACAGAGUUUGACCCGUGCACAGGGAAGGUGCUAAGUGAGGCUUCCCUGACUGCCGAGGGUUAUCUCCCUGAGGAUGGGAGUGGGACAGUAGUUGGACUACAGGACCUAGCAGAACUGGAAUCAGCUUGUGUGGCCACAGCUGCGGGGGAUGUCAUCCUCUACAACUUCAGCUCCACACAGUUUGAGUGUGUGGGAAGUGUGGACAGUGGCCUCACCUCAAUGAGCUGGAGUCCUGAUGAAGAGCUGGUUAUUUUCACUACAGGUCAGGACACUUUCAUAAUGAUGACCAAAGACUUUGAGCCAAUCAUUGAAGUGGGGAUUCACCAAGAAGACUUUGGUGAAGGAAAGUUCAUAACAGUGGGCUGGGGGAAGAAAGAAACUCAGUUUCACGGCUCUGAGGGGAAGCAGGCUGCUCAGAAGAAGGCAGCGGAGCUGCAGCCAGCCCCUGCCUGGGACGACCAGCGCCCCCGGGUGUCGUGGCGAGGGGAUGGGCAGCUGUUUGCUGUGAGUGCAGUGUGUCCUCAGAGCGGGGCCAGGAGGGUCCGGCUAUGGAGCAGAGAGGGAGUGCUCCAGGCCACCAGUGAAGCCAUCAGCGGGCUGGAGCAGCCGCUCUGCUGGAGGCCCUCAGGAAAUCUGAUCGCCAGUACUCAGCGGCAGCACAACAAGCACUGUGUGGUCUUUCUGGAGAAGAAUGGCCUUCAGCAUGGAGACUUCACACUGCCCACCAGCACGAGCCAGACCAAGGUGAAGGAGCUCUGGUGGAACAGCGACUCCACAGUGUUGGCUCUGUGGCUGGAAGACACCAGUGGAGCUGGAGAGGGAAGGCUCAGCACUCAACUUCAGCUGUGGACGACUGGAAACUACCACUGGUACCUGAAGCAGAGCAUGGUCUUUGGGGAUGACCCUCAGAGAGCUCCAGUGUGUGUGUGCUGGGACCCUGUGCGCCCCCUGCAGCUGCAUGUGGUACUGCGGGACUGGACCACACUCACGUACGAGUGGGGCUGGUCUACAGAGCACAGCAGAGGGCAGGGUGGAGCUGAUGACGCCAGCGUGGCUGUGAUUGACGGGAGUAAAAUCCUUGUGACCAACUUCCGUCAGUGUGUGGUGCCUCCUCCCAUGUGCUCCUAUGAGCUCCAGCUAAUGUCUGCGGUUAACCAGGUGGUGUUCUCCUGCCAGCCUGACCGGAGCAGUGAGCUGGCUGCAUAUACAGCAGACGGACACAUCUCGGUGUUUGCUCCAGAUGCAGGAGAGAAGGCCAGUACAAGCACCAAUGGCUUCAGGACCUUGUGUUGGCCGCUGAUCUCACACAGAGCAUACAGCAUUGAUCUUGGGCUGGAGCACCCCCUUGAGUUACAUCACCUGCUGUGGCUCAGAGUGGACUUGUUUGUUGCUGUGAGGGCAUCUCCAAGGACAAACUUUUCCAAAGUGCUAUUCCUCAGUCCCUCAGAGGCAUCGGAUCAAAAGCUCGCUGUCAGGUGUGCGGUGGAAGUGUCUGGAGCAGUGGUCAGUGUGACUCACAAUGCUCACAGCGACUCUGUGGCCCUGCAGCUGGAGGAUGGAAGCAUCAGAAAGCUCCUCUGGGACUGUGCUGAGCCGUGUGUGGAGGACUGGGAGGACUCCAGAGGCUGUUUGGUUCGCUUCCCUGUGGUGUGUGUCCAAACCGCACUGUGCAACAUUGGACAGGAGGAGUGUGUGCUUGGCCUGACUGACAGAUGCCACCUGUAUGCUGGUGACACUAAGCUUGCCUCCAAUGUUUCGUCCUUCUCUGUCUGCAAUGAUUUCCUACUGGUCACAACCCAUUCGCACCACUGCAGAUGUCUCCAGCUCUCCUCCCUGAGUGUUAAAGACCUUCAGGUGGCACUUGCUGUAGACGGAGGACAGAAUGACGAGACUCUGCGCAGAGUGGAGAGGGGGGCUCGAAUAGUCACUGUAGUGCCACAGGACACCAGGGUCAUUCUACAGAUGCCACGGGGGAAUCUGGAGACUGUGCAUCACCGCGCUUUAGUAUUGGCUCAGCUCAGAAAAUGGCUGGACAGUCUGCGAUUUAAAGAUGCAUUUAUGUGUAUGAGAAAACUAAGAAUUAAUUUGAAUCUCAUUUAUGACCAUCAUCCAAAGUUAUUUUUGGACAAUGUUGAGACAUUUAUCACACAGCUCGGCUCCAUCAACCACAUAAACCUGUUUAUCACUGAGCUCAAAGAGGAAGACACUACACAGACCAUGUACCCAAGGCCAGAAGACUCGUGUCCCCCACCUCAUAAAAUUCCUGGGACAAAAGUGGAUGUUGUAUGUGAUGCACUAAGGAACACUAUGGAGUCCAUAGACCCAAACAAGUAUUGCCUGUCCAUUUUGACAGCUCAUGUGAGAAAGACUGUACCAGAGCUGGAGAUAGCCCUGCAGAAAGUCCAUGAGCUUCGAGUAAACCCCCCUCCUGCUUCGGCAGCUGUGAGUGCUGAGGAGGCCCUGAAGUACCUCCUGUUCCUGGUGGACGUCAAUGACCUGUAUGAGCACUCUCUGGGCACAUAUGACUUUGACUUGGUGCUUAUGGUGGCUGAGAAGUCUCAGAAGGAUCCAAAGGAGUAUCUGCCUUUCUUAAACAUGCUGAAGAAACUGGAACCCAGUUAUCAGCGCUACACCAUCGACAAACAUCUGAAGCGCUACAAGAAGGCACUGAUCCAUCUCAGUCAGUGUGGAAAAGAACAUUUCCCUGAGGUGCUGCAGCUGGUCAAAGAGCAGAAGCUCUACACUGAAGCUCUGCGAUUAUUUGCUGCUGACAAGACUCACUAUAAGGAGCUGACAGUUGCAUUUGCUGAACACCUGGUGGGGCAGCAGCAGAUGGAGCAGGCAGGGCUGCUGCUGUGGAGAUGUGGAGAGACUCACUCAGCUCUGCAGAGCUUUGUGAGCUGCUGCAGCUGGAGACAGGCCUUGUGUGUGGCCCAAGUCAUCCCUCUGCCCCCAGACCAACUGGCUCUGCUGGCUCGCGACAUGGCAGAAAAGCUGAGUGAACAGCGCCGUUACUCUGAGGCUGCUCUCCUGCUGGACCAAUAUGCCAAUGACUGUGAGGAGGCCAUCCUGGCUCUGAUCACUGGGGCUGUUUGGGACGAGGCUUUGCGUUUGAUUCACACACACCAAAGACAGGACAUCACAGAGACCAACCUCAAACCUGCUUUGCUAGAAGCUUUCAGCGCUCAAACAGUCUUUCUGGAGACUCAGAUGUCCACAUUCACGCGCCACAAGAACAGACUGGCUGUGGUCCGAGAGCAGAAACUCAAGGCCAGGGAGGACAUGCUUGAUGAUGAAGGCCCAGACUGUGCUGAUGCUGAGCUGUACAGUGAAGCCAGCAGUGUCCUGACCGGAUCCAAGUAUUCUCAGAGCAACUCGCGCAUCUCCUCGAGGUCAUCGAAAAACCGACGGAAAGCAGAACGCAAAAAACUGAGUUUGAAAGAAGGAAGCCCGAUGGAAGACAGGGCACUGAUACAUGCCCUCGGGGAGAUCAUCACCACUGUGGACAAAAUGAGAGAGGAAGUGCACGGCCUGCUGAAGAUGUUAGUUCUGUUUGAGUUUGAGCGGCAGGCACACAGGCUCCAGGAGCAGUAUGCAGAGGCUCUGAGUCUGCUGGAGACCUCUGUGCCUGAGGUGUGGCCUGAGAACACGCUCAACUGCACUCCGCUCACUGGGCCCCAGAGCACGGCCAACAGCAUCUCAGCCUCGUUCCAGCAGCAGAAUCCAGCAGCUCCUCCACAGGCCCAGGCACAAGAUGCUGAGAUUGUGACUCCACCAAAGCUGAGACAUAACAUCAAGUGGAAGCUCACUGUUCUAACAUAAAAUAUAUGUAUUUAAUUUAGCUUUUUUUUUUUAUCUUUACAUGUACAUGUUAUUAUGAAAUAUUAAAAUAU